AUGUCUACCUCAUCGACCACCAGAGGCUCCGAGAACCUGCGUCCGAACGAGUUGCGCUCUUCUGGUAGCAACCAGGGCCAGCGCCAGCGCCAUCCCGAGUUACAGCCACAAGCAAGCUUCCCCAACAAUCAUUCGGUUUUCCUCCGUCGAGACCCUGCUCAUGGUCACUUGAACCCUCCCACGCCUGCCUCAACCACCUGGGAUUUUGAGAGCCUGCGUCCAUACCAGCUGCAAGCAUUCGGUGCCAACCAGUUCCAGGCCCGUGGACGGUCCCAGACAGGCUACACUCACAGUGAUUCGGUUUUCCCUCGUCAAGGCCUUGCUCACAAUAGAGGUCUUCUCACGCCGCCCACGCCUCCUACCCCCAGCUGGACCAUUAAGGACAAAGCAAAUCAUCCCCCGGCCGAGCGCCAGGCAAUGGGAGCAAGCCAGCUCAACCUACAGCCGCUGUCGCAGUUUAACCUCUCGAGCAAUUAUCCUGCGUUUCCCCGUGCUGACAUGGGUCAUGACAUGCGCAUUCCCACGCCUACCACGCCUGUCUCGUUCAUAGGGGGCUCGGAAAGCCAACGUCCAGAACAUCACCGGGCAGUUGGUAUCAACCAACUCCAGCUGCAAUCCCCGCCCAACUUCAAGGGCCUUUUCAACCUCAGGGUCGACAUGCUGCGCGCCCUCAGCGAGGCCAUAGUCCAGUCACUAGGUCCUGGAACCUCGUUCAACACGAGCGACUGGUACACAGAGACAGCACCCCGUCCCACACCUCCUGUGACAGGCCAUAGAGUUCUCGCAACUUUCUUGCCAGCAAAAGUCACAGCAGCAAACGAGGCAAGGGUAGAACAACAGGCAGGCCCGGCAAACAAACAGCCAAACGACUGCUUCUGCCCACCAGCCCGUAGACCGUACUAUGGAUACCGCGAUUUCACGCCCUUUCCGACUAUCGUCAUCAUUACUGGCUCUAGUGGCGCGAGCUCACCCUCGGGACCCCCAGGCUCGGACGGCUCGAACCAGGAUUUCGUGCGCGACGCGCGCUCCUGGUUCGCAGCCUCUAAAGGCACCACUCGCAUCGUGCUGAUCCACACAUAUAAUGCAGAAGCGCACACGCUGACGAUUGAAAAAUGGCAACUUGCGAUGCCUCAAUUGAAUGUGCCCGCCAGGAAGACGGAGUGCUCCAUGAAAGCCCAGGAGCUACCGCCGUUGGGUAAGGUGCCUGUGGCGCUUCAGCAGCCUUAUUGUUCGCAGCGGAUGGUGCUGAGUGAUGAGGGGCUUGAGGGAGGCCCGCUGCAUAUGCAUUUCCAAGCGCUUAUGAGUAGGCCUCCUGUUUCACAGCAGGGGGAAAGGGACGUUGUGCUUAUUGGUUGGGACUUGCUGAAGGAUGUCGCGCGCAAGCUUUGA